UCUACUUUCUUUUUUGGGGACAAGUUGUCUACCGAGUAUUUCUGGUAUGAGUCGGAAACAUUUUGCAUGGUUUCUGGCUUCUGGAAAGUCAAGCGUACCUGUCGUGUGCUGACGUCACUCUUACGUAACGCCCAUUCCAGCGUUCAUUGGGCUGUAUCGGCUCACCGUCUGUCCUGCAGUGGCCAUAUUUGUUGAUGUGUCAUAUCCUCAUUUCGGAGCGACUCUCUGGUCGAUCAGCUGGUCAAACAAGGAGUUUCAAGUUCACUCCUCUUCUGAUUUGACUCUACGCGACAAUAAAAACAAUGGAUUUAAGGAAUUAGGUUUGAAGCACAGAGGGACCAUGGAGCAACCAGGUCCUUCCACAGAUCCUCAGAAGAUGGACGGAUUAGAAGUCAGGAAGGAAUCUGUGGAUCAGCUGGACAACAGAUCAGAAGAGAAGGACGAUAUAUCUCUGUGUGGUGAAGAAAACAGUUUGAAUCUAAAAGAAGAUGAAUCAACUAUAAACAACGAGCACGGAGCUGGAAGAGAAGAGCCGGUUUCUAACACGUGUGGCAACAGUACUGUUUUCUCUGGGAGUGAGGGACCCUCCCCGGUUGUUUCUGAUGGAGUUUCUGUCACGUUGGCAACGCCUCAAGAUGUUGUGGAAAGUGCUCCACCUUCAGAAACAAUUGAAACCUCAUUGACUAAUCAAGCAGCCGAUUCAAACGACAGCGAACAGCCGUCCCUCUCGGUUUCUAGUUCAUCCGAGCCGUCGCCCGUCGACAGCAGCGAUUCAUCCGGGAGUCCCUCAUCUGUCCAAAGCACUUCCAAAAACUCAUUUACCGACUCCUCCACCACCUCUGGGAUCUGUAACGGGUCCUCCACCCCCAGCUCGCCCGCUUCCACUCCGCACACUCGGCCCGACCAUUUGCAUUCCGCGUCGAGCCCCUUCGACACCGAUUGUAGCCGAAAGCUCAUCUCCCAGAUCCAGCGAACGCUGUCGCAAGAAUCGCUGCUGGACGAGCUGGAGUCGGAGUUGUUGAACUGCCAGCUGCUCGAAGGGGUCGGAGAGAGAAAGAGGAAAGGAAGUCCGCCCGUGAAUGGACUCCCCGCGGACCAGAAGGGCUGCAUGGUGACCUUUGAGAAGUGCGUGCAGGACAAGUGCACCAAGCAGGAGAAAGCUAUUCAGAGGUUGCUCGAGGAGAACAAGAGACAUCAAGAGCUGAUCCUUGGUAUCUGCUCGGAGAAGGACAACAUGAGGGAGGAGAUCAAGAAGAGGGCCGAAACGGAAAAGCAGCACAUCGCCACCAUUAAAAAGUUGGAGGGCAGGUUGGAGGAGCUGCUGAAAGAGCUGAAGGAUUCCCGAGAAACUCUGAUCCACCAGGAGCAGACGGCUAAAGCGAACCUCCAGCACAUGCAGAGGGAGAUGACUUGCCGCAUUGAGCAGGUGAACAGGAAAUGUGACGAAGCACGCCAAGAAAAGGAGACCAUGGUGAUGAAGUAUGUGCGGGGAGAGAAGGAGGCGCUGGACCUGAGGAGGGACAAGGAAAGUUUAGAGAAGAGGCUGAGGGAGGCCGUCAAGGAGGUGGACCGCCAGGCUCUCCGGGGAAACCAGCUGGCUCAGGAGAAAGGACGACUGCAGCAGCUGUUUGAGAACAAGGAAGGUGAAGUCGGCCGAUUGACUCGCGAGGUGGAAAAACUGAAGGAGGAGAUCAACUCCCAUCUUAUCAAGGUCAAAUGGGCCCAGAACAAACUGAAGAGUGAAGCAGACGCUCACAAGGAAACUAAAGAUAAACUGAGAGAAACGACCUCCAAGUUGGCUCAGGCUAAAGAGGAGACCGAGCAGAUCCGCAAAAACUGCCAAGACAUGAUCAGAACUUAUCAGGAAUCAGAGGACCUCCGAUCAAACGAGCUGGACGCUAAACUACGACAGACCAAAGGAGAGCUGGAGAAACACAUACAGGAGCAAACAGACCAAUUAGAGGUGCAGCGUAUGAAGGAAAAGGAGCUGGAGGACUUGAAGAAGAGUUACAAAGAAAGCAUGGAUGAAUUGGAGACUCUUCGCACCAAACUAAAGUGCCUGGAGGACGAGCGACCACGGUGGGAGGACGAGCUGACCAAAUAUAGGGAGAUCAUCAACCGGCAGAAAGCGGAGAUCGGCCGGCAGAGAGACAAACUGGAGGAGGUCACUGCACUCGAGGAGCAGCAUCAGCGCGACGCCGGUGAAAUCGCGUCUCUCCGCGAGGAGGUCGGCAGCCUGACUGCUCAGAUGGCCGACCUGCAGCGGGAUGUUCAGGGAAGCCGAGAGCGAGAAGCAGAGCUGCUGGGCUUCACCGAGAAGCUGAGCAGCAAGAACGCCCAGCUGCAGUCGGAGAGCAACGCGCUGCAGUCCCAGCUGGACCAGCUCAGCGGCAACUUCACCGAACUCCAGGCCAAGCUGGAGGAGACGAGCAGGCUGCUCGAUGACAAGUCGCGACAGCUGAAACGGGAGGAGGCGCUGAGGCAGCAGGAGGUGCAGGGUCUGCAGGAGGAGCGGGGAGCGCUGCAGGCGGAGGUGAACCAGCUCAAAACCAGAGUAGAGGAGCUGAGGGACGAGCUGGUGACCCAGAAACGGAAACAAGCUGCUAACAUAAAGGACCUCACGAAACAACUCAUCCAAGCUCGAAAAAAGUUGGAGCAUGUUGAGAACGGCGGAUGUGACAGAGAUGCCAGCAGCAUGGGUAGUCGCUCCAGCUCCUCAGGCUCCUUGAACGCUCGCCACGGCGGGACCCCUGGUGGAGAUGACAGCUCGUCAGCUCCUUCCGUGGUGGUUGCAGACAGCUUCCCAGAGGUGGACAAGACCGUGCUCGUCGAUCGCAUCGUGCGUCUCCAAAAGGCCCUAGCUCGAAAGCAGGAAAAAAUAGAGUUCAUGGAGGAUCAUAUCAAGCAGCUGGUGGAGGAGAUCCGCAAAAAAACAAAAAUUAUCCAGAGCUAUGUGCUUAGAGAAGAGUCAGGGGCCCUUUCCUCAGAGGCGUCCGAUAUCAACAAGGCGCACCUCAGCCGGCGGGGGGGGAUCAUGGCUUCGCUGUACACCUCCCACCCGGCCGACAGUGGACUGACCCUGGACCUGUCGCUGGAGAUUAACCGGAAACUGCAGGCCGUGUUGGAGGACACGCUGCUGAAGAAUAUUACUCUGAAGGAGAAUCUACAGACUUUGGGGACGGAGAUUGAAAGACUGAUCAAGCAGCAGCGGGAUCCUGAGGAUGGGGCCAGAAGAAAGUGACAUGAAGAACCUCUUGAAGACUCUGAAGCUGUGACUUACUUUCCAGACAUAUGAAGGAACAUCAAUCGUCACGAGUGGAAGGGAAGUGGGGCGUUUGGCGCCUUGAAGUUCCUGCCCGUUUGAAGGGAGAGUCCGAUCUCCAGCUUUUCUGUCCGUUCACUCCGUCGCUGUCUACCAUCGCCAAGCGCACCUUUGGUUGUAAAUUCAUUUGUGACCUUUUAUUUGUGCAAAUUCUGCCUGGGAAAAAAGUGAUUUUGCCAGUAAAUUUAUCUUUCUGAAAAGACAAAAAAAAAGAUGGUGCCAGCAUGUUUGUCCAUCCGCCAAAAAAGCCAAAUGUAUUCUUGAAGGACCGCUGCUUUAGUCAAACUGCUCCACAUUUUAGUUUUUUUUUUCUCUGCAAAGCACUUAUGGAUGCUUUUUCCUCAGCAGACCCUUCUGUCUGCGGGACACAGGUGCUUGACUUCAGGGCAAAAGCAAAACGCCAUCAGGCAGGAAGUAAACUCCUGAGAGUAAAUCCACAUCCUGUCAUGGAAAAAUGAAAUGUAGAGCUGGUCUUUAGCAACACUGAAUGUAUUUUUGUUUCUUUUUUUAUUUUAUUUUCAUACGGAUAAAGCAUUUUAUUUUUUCCUGUACGAUGUAUUUUCUAUAUAGUUUUAUUUUAAUUUAAAAAAAUAAUUAUUUUCAUGAAAAUUCGGCCUUAAAAAUGCUUUUUAUGAAGUGAAGAAUUCAUUCAUCCAGUCUGGUUAAUGUGGCAUUAUUGUUAUUCUAUUAUUUUUGCACCAUUUAUUUUUAUUUUUUACCCUUUUUUUCUUUUAUUUUGGUAGUGACAGGAAGUUGUGAAUCAGUUGAAGGAGAUCAGUAGCUCAGGAAACACUGGAAAAAUAUCCAGGGACAAAGUGCAAUUUUUUUAAGUUUCUUUUGAUCCAGAUUCCUCCGUGUGCCAUUAUUUUGCUUUUUAUUUUUUAUUUUUUUAAGACUUCUGAUCAUAUUUCAUAUGUAAAAUCCAUUUGUUUCAUGAGAUUUACUUGUGAGGUACACGAUGCAGCUUUUGUCCUUCCAAAUACUUUAUUACUUGUCAGUACAGCAGAAAAGGAGAAUCUAGUAUUCCUUCCAUCCUCGUUUCCGGUUGUCCAGAUUCCUCACUCACCUUGAGGUUUUCCCAAAAUGAGCCUCUACGUGAAUAAGGAUGAAAGUCACAGAUGAGGUCAAACUCGCUGCAGGGAUUGUAGGAUCUCUGACAUUUAGAAAACCUUAAGUUUUUCUUAAAAUUGAAACCAAUUAUACUUUUUGUAGGAAAAAAUAAUGUCAACCAAUGGUCUCAAAAAGUAGCUUUUUCAUCAUAAACUGAGUUGCUUUCUGCAAAAAAAAGAGCUAUAUUCAUGUUCCAUGUUGCAGAAGUGCAGCCUAUGCAACAUCCCGGCAUGGGAAACUCGAUCCCUGUAAUCCUCAUGCAUGCUCCUUCAGGUUUGUGCUACCUAAAAAGAUUUAACUACUUGAUCCUGCAGCUGAAUUACUCAAAUCUUGCGCCUCAGAGUGAUAAUACGAAGAAAUGAUGUUCAUUGUGUGAACAGGCCGACCCUGUAAAAGUGAAAUCUGUGGUUUCCCGGCUGUGCAAAGCAUCCCGUUUGCUCUAUUAUUGUGUGAAAUCUUCAAACUGUGAUUUAAUAUACAUGUGUACAUACAUCGUCCUGUAUUAUAAGAUGUUUUAAGAAGAAUUCCUGAUUCUGUUUGUACAUAUGGUGUUUCUGGGGAAUAAAAAAUAAACAAAUCUUAAAUUAA